AUGGAAAACAAUGGAGUUGAAGGAAGGCCUGGGCAAGAAAACCAACUGGUGGCAUUGAUUCCAUAUAGUGACCAGAGAUUAAGGCCAAGAAGAACAAAGCUGUAUGUGAUGGCUUCUGUGUUUGUCUGUCUGCUCCUUUCGGGAUUGGCUGUGUUUUUCCUUUUCCCUCGCUCUAUCGACGUGAAAUACAUUGGCGUAAAAUCAGCAUAUGUCAGUUAUGAUGUUCAAAAGCGUAUGAUAUAUUUAAAUAUCACAAAUACCCUAAAUAUUACGAACAAUAACUAUUAUUCUGUCGAAGUUGAAAAUAUCACUGCUCAAGUUCAGUUUUCAAAAACAGUUAUUGGAAAGGCACGCUUAAACAACAUAACCAAUAUUGGUCCACUUGAUAUGAAACAAAUUGACUACACAGUACCUACUGUUAUAGCAGAAGAAAUGAGUUACAUGUUUGAUUUCUGUACACUGCUAUCCAUCAAAGUACAUAACAUAGUGCUCAUGAUGCAGGUUACUGUGACAACAACAUACUUUGGCCACUCUGAACAGAUAUCCCAGGAGAGGUACCAGUAUGUCGACUGUGGAAGGAACACAACUUACCAGUUGGGGCAGUCUGAAUAUCUAAAUGUACUUCAGCCACAACAGUAAAAACUGAAAGAGUUACAUCUAGAGAAGAAUAAAUAUCUAUUGAUAUUUUCCAUACUCGUAAAGAGGAGUUAUUUCCUAAUAGGAGAUCUUAAAUUGAACAAACCUAAAGUUUACACUUCUAUUUUAAGAGUACAGUUAAAAGUACGUGGACUUAUAAUUAUUGCAAAUCUCCACUCUGUGUUAAUGAUAUAUUUGUACCAGGAUCUUUUACUUGAGUCUAAAUUUACUGAUUGAUUUUCUUCUACCCCCUCUCUCCAAAGGGGAAAAACUGAGACUUCUCCUAUAGUAAAAUAAACAAUUACUUGAAAAUCAUAGUUCUAAUCAUUACUGAAAACAUAAUUUUAGUGAUGAACAUAAUUUAAGAAACUUAAUUUCUGAGUGUUUUUAUAGAGAAUUACUGAAAUCCCUAUUAGUCAUGGAAGACUUUUAAAGA